AUUUUUUAAAAGAGAUCUUAUCAGGAUAAUUAAACAUUUCAUUUGCAUUGUUAAUUACUUUACAAAUUAUUAUUAAUUUUUAUUUUUUUGCCAGUAUAAUUUAAAUGAAUACACAUAAAACCGGUUUUAUCUUUAAGGUUCUAGUAAAACCUUUUACUUUUACUUUUUGUAGAAACUUAUCUGAAAGUGCUGCAAGAAUGAGCGAUAUCAAAAAGAAAUUCGUUUUACCAUCUAGAUAUGCUGGAAGUGAAACUAGUGUUUGGAAUGAAUACAUUAAACUUGCUGCUGCAUAUAAACCAUUAAAUUUGGGUCAAGGGUUUCCUGAUUAUCCUCCUCCAUCCUAUGUAACAGAUGCUUUAAAGGAAGUUGCAUGUAGUGAAAACAAUUUUUUACAUCAAUACACAAGGGGAUUUGGUCACCCAAGGCUAGUAAAUGCUCUUUCAAAACUGUAUUCAAAACUAAUAGGUAGGGAAAUUAAUGCCCAAACAGAAAUUUUGACCACCCUAGGAGCAUAUGAGGCUCUAUUUUCUUCUAUUAUUGGCCAUGUAGAUAAUAAUGAUGAAGUUAUUAUUAUUGAACCCUUUUUUGAUUGCUAUGAACCAAUUGUUCUUAGUGCUGGGGGAGUUCCUAAAUUUAUACCUUUAAGGCUGAAAGAAGUUGAAGGUAGACUGCCCACUUCGGCAGACUGGGUAUUAGAUAAAAAUGAGCUUGAAGGGUUAUUUAAUAGCAAAACCAAAGCUAUAAUUCUUAAUACUCCUAACAAUCCACUGGGGAAAGUAUUUACUUUGGAAGAAUUAACACAUAUUGCAGACCUAUGCAAAAAACACAAUGUUUUAUGUAUUUCCGAUGAAGUAUAUGAAUGGAUGGUCUACAAACCCAAUACACAUAUACGCAUUGCAACAUUACCUGGUAUGUGGGAAAGGACAAUUACUAUUGGAUCUGCUGGUAAAACUUUCAGUGUUACUGGUUGGAAGUUAGGGUGGGCUUAUGGCCCAGAAAAUUUACUUGUAAACAUGCAAUUGGUACAUCAAAAUUCUGUUUAUACUGGGUGUACACCAAUUCAGGAAGCCACUGCCAUUGCCUUUGAAAAGGAACUAACUCGUUUGGGAGAAGAUGAGUGCUUCUUUGUUUCUUUAGCUAAAGAACUGGAGGUGAAACGAGACUUUAUGGCUAAAUUUUUGUCUGAUGUGGGAAUGAAACCAACUAUCCCUGAAGGAGGGUAUUUUAUGAUUGCUGAUUGGAGCCCCUUAGAAAGCAAAGUGGAUAUGAGCAGUGAAACAGAUAAGUACAAAGAUUAUAGAUUUACAAAAUGGAUGACCAAAAAUGUAGGAUUACAAGGUAUACCACCUUCUGCAUUCUACUCUACUGUACAUAAAAACCUAGCUGAAAACUAUGUGAGAUACUGCUUUAUUAAGCAAGAUGAAAAUUUACAAAAGGCCUCUGAUAUUCUUCACAAAUGGGUAGGAAAGUAAAUUAUAAAGUGUUUAUUAUUUUACAUUAUAUACAAAGCAAUGUAAGAAUUUUUAUUAGAAAUUAUAUAUUUUUAUUCAGGUUAAUAAAUAAACAAAACUACGCA